CGUAACGUUUGCGCCGGGAGGGACCAGACCAAGUCCAAAACAGUUAUAUGAGUGUUGUGUUGUGCGAUAUAUCUAUAUGGUGUGUAAUCAGACAGAGAGAAAGUUAAAACGGGUUUGAUCAAAUUUGCGUCGGCCUGUGAAUUUACUUUUAAAUAUUAGUUGGAGCCAAUAUAGCUGGUGAAAGAAAAUAAAAAAUAGCUAAGAUGUCCACCAAUGAAAGGCGUGAAACGAAAAACAAACGGAAUAAACCCAAUCAAAUAAUGAGAGACAUAGGAUACAGUAUUCUGUUUAAUAUAUUUAUGGUGCUUCAUAUGGCUGUGGAUUUUUUGAUCGAGCUGGUCCUGAAAUGGUACUGGGGCCCUGCAAGAAUGCGGUGCCCACCGUUGCGGAGGAAACAAAUAAUUCUUACCUACAGCGCGCAAGAGAUAGCCAAAAUGAUUCGCAAUAAGGAGAUCAGCUGUCAUGAGGUGGUUAGUGCCUUUAUCGAUCGCCUUAAUGAAGUAAACCCAAUCAUUAAUGCCGUCGUUGAUGGUCCAUUCAUUGAGGCAUUAGAGGAAGCUAAACUCAUUGAUGAACGCAUACAACGCGGAUUGAUAUCGGAGAAUGAGUUUGCUGAGAAACCGUUUUUGGGGGUCCCAUUUACGACAAAAGAUAGCACAGCGGUUAAGGACAAAUUACAAACAUUGGGAAUUCUCGCACGAAAAACUGCGAAAGCCAAAGAAGAUGCUGAAUGCGUGAAGCUGAUCAAAGAUGCGGGAGCUAUUAUUAUAGCAACAUCUAACAUUCCGGAAAUAAAUAGAUGGCAAGAAACUAGAAAUAACAUUAUUGGUCAAACCAAUAAUCCAUACGACAGCCGCCGCACCGUAGGCGGAUCCAGUGGCGGCGAGGCAGCGCUUAUCGCGACUUGUGGCAGUGCCUUCGGAAUAGGCACGGAUAUCGGAGGGUCAAUCCGUAUGCCUGCAUUCUACUGUGGAAUAUUUGGACAUAAGCCCACAUCUGGCAUUGUAAACACACGUGGUUGUACUUUCCGCACCGGUCGUGAAGUUUCCACGAUGGUCGUCGCUGGGCCGAUGACUCGUUAUGCAUCCGACUUACGACCCUUAAUGAAGGUUUUAGUUGGACCAAAGAGCACAAUCGCGCUGAAGCUGAAUGAAAAGACUGAUUUAAAAAAGUUACGCUAUUUUUAUUGUACUAGUUCUGGGGAUAUACGUUGCAGUCCAAUUCAUUCGCAACUGCAUAGAGCUAUGAACCGAGUUGUGGAUCAUUUUCAAACUGUAUCACCUGAAGGUGUGCAAAAGGUAACGUUGCAGGGGACUGAAAAAACAAGCCAGAUGUGGCGCUACUGGAUGACCCAAGAGCCAGCGAGUUUCAAUAAUUUGCUGGGCAACGGAAAGCAACUGUCGCCGCUAGUCGAACUUGUCAAGAAAAUAAGCGGAAGUAGCGAAUAUACGCUUGCGUCUAUAUACUCUCUGAUAGAUAGUAUUUUGCCACCGGAAAAGGCAGACAAAAUAAAGGAAAUUACUCGUCAGUGCGACCAAGCGCUGACUGACCUGCUCGGGGACGACGGAAUUUUGUUCUAUCAUAGUACGACCCACACGGCUCCGUACCACUACUCGGCCUUUGUGAAUGUGUACAAUUUUAGCUACUGGUGUUUGUUUAAUGUUCUGCAUGUGCCGGUCACUCAGGUACCGCUCGGGCUAGAUCCGGACGGUUUGCCGCUCGGAAUUCAAAUUGUAGCAACCCGCAAUCGCGAUCGGCAUUGUUUGGCCGUUGCCGAGGAGCUUGAACGUGUUUUCAGCGGACACAUUCCACCGUUCAUUAUUGAUUAAGGCUGUGACUCGUAGUCGAUUUUUUUUUAUUCAAAAUAUUUAAUAAUUCGUCGUAAAUUUGUGAACGAAGCGGUAUUGGUAUUAUGGUUUAGAUGUAUUGUUCCCGAUUUUAUUUAUCUACUUGCCGUAAAUGUGGUCGAACUAUUUUUUUGUAAACUAACUAUUGAAAUGUUUUACUCUUUCUGUUAAUUCACACCGAGUGACAUCGCUCAUAUAGUGUUAGUAGCAGUUUCGUCCGAAUUGUGUUUGUAUACGGUAUAGGCAUUAUAUAUAGCACAUGGUUGCA